AUGACACAAAUUCUGCGUUUACGGAGACAGCAUGUGAACAUCACCGUUCAGGGAGCUGGUAAGCUGUCCAAACCAGUACGUGAAUCGGUUUUCGCUCAAGUAUUUUCAAGAAAGGGAGACUUCUCGUGUGGUGUGAAUUUCCUAGUGAUGGAAAAUGUUACGGCCAAUCUCCCUUCGCAAAAUAUCUCGACCGAGGGAUGGAAGAUACCGAAGGAACUGUUUCUAGCAGACCCCGCUUUCAACAAAAGUCAACCAAUCGAUAUGGUUCUGGGUGCUCGACACUUCUAUUCAUUCUUUCCCAGCGCUGCACGCAUUCAGCUUGACAGUAACCUUCCGCUUUUGGUUGACAGUGUCUUUGGCUGGAUCAUUGCGGGUUCUGCUAACUCGUAUUCCAACGAUCGGAUUACUACUUCAUCCACUUCGUGCGAUGCAGCCGUUGUUUCAAUGAUUUCACUGGAAGAUUGUCUGGAAAAGUUUUGGAAGACCGAAGAACUGGCAAACAACGAUAGUUAUUCAGUAGAAGAACGGCAUUGCGAGUCAUUGUAUCAGUCUACCGUAUCUAGGAACCCCGAAGGCCGGUAUGUAGUUCGCUACCCCCGGAAACCCGAUUUCGAUGGAAUGUUAGGCGAAUCCCGAAGCAACGCUCAACGACGUUUCGAGUACCUGGAAAAGCGUUUGGAACGAAAUCCGCAUCUAAGAGACGAUUAUCAUCAGUUUAUGCGAGAGUAUCUCGCCCUCGGCCACAUGCGACUGGUCGUAAAGGACGACGAACGAAACUCUCAAGUCUACUAUUUACCUCACCAUCCCGUAAUUAAGGAAGAAAGUUCUACGACUAAGCUCAGAGUCGUGUUUGACGGAUCUGCGAAGACUUCUACCGGCUUCUCUCUCAACGAAGCUCUUUGCGUCGGCCCUGUGGUGCAGGAAGAUUUGCUGAACAUCAUCUUGCGGUUUCGAACUUUUCCUAUCGCUCUCGUCGGAGAUAUUGCUAAAAUGUACAGACAGGUACUGGUACAUUCGGACGACACUCCGCUGCAGCGUAUUUUGUGGCGAUUCUCAAAACAGUGUCCAGUACAGACUUACGAACUCCUGACUGUUACCUACGGCUUAGGACCAUCCUCGUUCCUAGCAACCCGGACUCUUCACCAGUUGGCAGAUGAUGAAGGUGACCAACAUUCUGUUGGAAGUCAGGCAUUAAGCAAAGGUUUCUACGUUGACGAUUUCAUCGGUGGAGCUGAAACUGUUGAAGAAGCUAUUCUUCUACGAUCAGAAUUGAAUGAUUUAUUGCAAAAGGGAGGAUUCGAAAUUCGGAAAUGGACAUCUAACCGGCUAGAAGUCCUGAAAGGUCUCAACGAUGACCAGAUUGGCACGCAAUCCACAUUGCACUUUAGUCCCCACGAAACCAUCAAAGCGCUUGGAAUAAGUUGGGAGCCUGAAGCAGAUUGCCUUCGCUUUGAUUCGCAGAUUCGAACAAAUCCUGUUCCACCAACUAAAAGGUCUAUUCUUUCAGACAUCGCCAAGUUGUUUGAUCCUCUCGGACUCAUCGCACCCGUCAUUGUAAGGGCAAAGAUCUUAAUGCAAGAGCUAUGGUUGCUGUCCUGUGGUUGGGAUGAUCCAGUUCCUGAACCAAUAAAAUCAAAAUGGGAAAAUUACCACCGAGAAUUGACAAAAAUAAGCAAACAUCGGAUCGACAGAUUUGCACUACUUCCCGGUUCCGAUAUUCAAUUGCAUACGUUCGCAGAUGCUUCCCAAGCAGCAUACGGAGCAUGCACGUACGCUCGCUGUGUGAACAGCCAAGGAAUAGUUCGAAUUCAGCUUCUGGCAUCGAAAUCCCGAGUAGCCCCGUUGAAACGAAUUACCAUCGCCCGUUUGGAACUGUGCGCAGCCGUACUUGCGGCUCAUUUACACGCCCGGAUUAAAAAUGCUAUUGACGUUAAUGUUCGUACUUCUUAUUUCUGGUCAGAUUCGGCAGUAACUCUGCAGUGGCUGCAAUCACUCCCGAACGUUUGGCCCACUUUCGUUGCCAAUCGGGUCUCGGAAAUACAACAGUUCACGCACGGUUGCCAGUGGAAACAUGUUUCCGGAAUUGAAAAUCCUGCCGAUUUGGUUUCCCGUGGUAUGUCGGUCGACGAUUUCCUCAAAAGUGCUUUAUGGAAAUGCGGUCCAAGUUGGUUGCCUUCGCCACCGCAAGAUUGGCCAAUUUCGAUUCCACUUGGCGUGACCGCGGACGACCUGGAGUUAAAAACUACUGUAGCCGUAACUCAAACAACUUCAACUAUUCACCCAUGGUUUUUACGCUGGUCUUCCUACAGUCGGCUUCUUCACGUCAUCGGUUACUGCUUGCGAUUCAUCGCCAACACUCGCUCGAAGUCACGAACUCAGCCUUCACAAUCAUUUUCAUCCUUAGGCCAGUCAUUAACUGUUGCAGAACUUGCCAAAUCCAAAACAGUCCUCACUCGACUCGCUCAGCAUGAUGGAUAUGCUGCUGAAAUCAAACAGCUGGAAAAGGGAAACUCUGUAUCGAAACAAUCUAACAUUCGCCAAAUGAACCCAUUCAUUGACCAAGAGAGAGUGUUGAGGGUGGGAGGUCGCUUAAAUCUAGCCCAAUUGCCUUACCAAGCAAAACAUCCAUCCCUAAUUCCUAACAAUCAUCUUUUCACUCGCCUAAUUGCUGAACAUUUUCAUCGUAAAUUACUUCACGGCGGCGGGCGGCUACUGAUCAGUGCCAUUCGCGAAGAAUUCUGGCCCCCAAACGGCCGUAGACUGGUCCACAGCAUCGUAAGAAAUUGCUUUCGUUGCAAUCGCGUCAAUCCGAUACCUGCCCAACAGCAAAUUGGUCAAUUACCUGUACAGCGCGUCAUUCCAAGCCGACCAUUCAGCAUCACAGGCGUCGAUUAUGCCGGCCCGCUGUAUCUGCGUCCGAUACACAAACGUGCUUCACCUGCAAAAACUUACUUGUGCCUUUUCGUAUGUUUUUCCACCAAAGCAGUACACCUUGAGUUAGUCAGCGAUCUUUCUACUCAAGCCUUUUUAUGCUCUCUUCGACGCUUCAUCGCGCGUCGUGGUUGUCCUGCUCACAUACACUCAGACAACGGUAAAAAUUUUGAGGGAGCGAAAAACGAACUGAUCGAAUUAUUCGCCAGAUUUAAAAACCGAUCAGAACAAGCCGAAAUAAUCUCUGCCUGUGCUGAGCAAGGUAUCACCUGGCAUCUAACACCACCCAAAGCCCCUCACUUUGGUGGUUUGUGGGAGGCAGCAAUCAAGGUAGCAAAAAGGCAUCUCUAUCGUCAGCUCGGAUCGUCCCGCCUCACCUUCGAAGAUAUGUGCACAGUGCUCGCACAAAUUGAAGCAAUCAUGAACAGCCGACCUCUGCUUCCACUCACCGAAGACCCCAACGAUUUGGCUGCAUUAACUCCAGCGCAUUUUCUCAUCGGUUCGUCACUGCAUGCCCUGCCCGACCCAGAUCUACAAAGUAUACCAGCAAACAGACUUGAUCACUACCAGCAGCUGCAAGUGCAUGUGCAGCGCUUUUGGACACACUGGAAAAAGGAGUACUUACAGGAGCUACUAAAAGACACCCGUGGCUGGCAGCGCAAUGACAACAUAAUUCCAGGUAAAUUAGUCAUCGUAGUAGACGAACUUCAACCUCCGAUUCGAUGGCCUCUUGCUCGCAUCGAAUCAAUUUUGCCCGGUAGAGAUCAGUUAACUCGCGUAGUACAACUUCGCACUGCUCGCGGAAUCAUCACUCGUCCCAUCGCAAAAAUCUGCAUGUUACCUGAUUCUACGACAGUCCCAGCAAGCGAAAAAUCACCAGUAAACAACAACGAUGCAUCAACUAUCCAAAGGAGUUCGGAUACAACUUUAGUUUAA